CCAGCAGCUUCUGCUGCUCAGGUGAAUCAUGAUUCUUCAAGGCAUUUUCUUAUUUCUGGCAUUUUGUGGAAAAGGUUUGACUCAGGAGCAAACGUGAGUCUGUUGAUGUGCUGAACCGUUGCCUGACCGCGAUAAUGGACUGGAUGAGAGCUAAUAAACUGAGACUCAAUCCAGACAAGACCAAGACAUUGUUGGUGAAUGCCUUCCCUGCUCAGAUGGUGGAUGUUAACCCUGUUCUGGAUGGAGUUACACUCCCCCUGAAGGAACAGGUAUGUCAUUUCGUCACCCAAAAUGCUCCGUGUUGGGGCCUCUGAGAACCUGGUGAUUCAAGCCUUCAGAUAUGAACAAGAGUUUCCAGUGACAAUUUCUGUGAAAAGCUUCCCGGAUAAACGAACUACAUAUGCCUCUGGCCGUGUUCAGCUGACUCCUGCCAAUAUGUUCCAAGGCUCCGUAACGUUAACGAUUCAGCCAAUUGAUUUGUCAAGCAAAGACCCAAAGAAUCCAGUUGAGCACGUAUAUCUGGAAGCUGUCUCUCCCCACUUUACGAGAGAGAAGAAAGUGCCCAUUACGUACAAAAAUGGGUUUCUCUUUAUUCAGACCGACAAACCUAUUUACACUCCGGAUCAGUUGGUGAAGGUUCGGGUCUAUUCUUUGAAUGAAGAAUUGAAACCAGCGCGAAGAUCAGCCAGCUUAACUUUUGUGGAUCCAGAAGGAGUAGAAGUGGAUAUAAUCAAGGAAGAUGAUAUCACCGGAAUUGUAUCUUUCCCCGACUUCAAAAUCCCUCCACACCCUAAGUUCGGUUUAUGGACAAUUAAAGCCAAGUAUCAAAAGGAUUUCACAACCUCUGCCAAAACAUGGUUUCAAGUUAAAGAAUAUGCAAUGCCAAGCUUCUCCGUCAUAAUAGAGCCAGAAAAAAACUUUAUUAGCUCUCAGCAAUUUGAACAAUUCAGGAUUAUUAUCAGAGCAAGAUAUUUUUACAACAAGAGAGUGGCUAAUGCUCAAGUUUAUGUCCAUUUUGGAAUAAUUCAAGGAGCUGAGAAAACGAUGAUGCCCAGAGCAUUGCAAUUCAUUGAGAUGGAGAAUGGAUUUGCCGAGUGUAAAUUUAACAGCAAAUUGGCUACCGGCAAUAUAGGCUAUGGCAGUCUGCAAGAGCUUGAUGGUGCAAACCUUUAUAUUGCAGUUUCAGUGCUGGAAUCUACAGGUGGCCACAGUGAAGACAGCGAAUUGUCAAGUGUCCAGUAUGUCCUGUCUCCUUACAAACUGAAUUUGGUUGCCACUCCUCUCUUUGUGAAGCCUGGACUUCCCUACUAUGUUAAGGUGCAAGUGAGGGAUACAGUGGAUGCUCCUGCUCGGAAUAUACCUGUUGCCUUCACUGCUAGUGCCUUCAAUGAGCAACUGGCAGAAACUGUGUUAGUUCCAGAAGGCACAGAUUCUGGGAGACGACAAACAAGCCAGAUCGACGGGACGGCUUUAUUUGUGGUUAAUAUCCCUUCUGACAGCAAAGUGCUGGAGUUCCGAAUAAAAACUGCAGACGCCAGUUUACUGGAAGAAAACCAGGCCAGUAAAAGCUAUGAGGCAAAAUCAUACAUUUCCCUCAGUGGAAGCUAUCUAUAUAUCGACUGGGCUUCAAACCAUCAAAUGCUACGUGUGGGCGAUAUCCUUCACAUCAACAUACACCCACUGAGCCACUACAUUGAUAAAAUACAUCAUUAUAGCUAUUUGAUUUUGUCCAGAGGGAAAAUAAUAAGCCAUGCGACUCAGGCAAGGAUUAAGGACUCAGUUUAUCAAGGUCUCAGAUUUCAGCUAACUAAGGAAAUGGUUCCUUCAGCUCGCCUCCUUGUAUAUUACAUAGUCACAGGGGAGGGAGCGGCAGAGCUGGUAGCCGAUUCAGUCUGGCUAAACAUAGAACAGAAAUGUGGAAACAGCCUUGAGGUUCGGUUAUCAGCAAGUGAGAGGUCUUACAAGCCAAAAGAUGUCAUUUCGCUUUCCUUGAACAGCCAGUUUGACUCUAUGGUUGCUUUGUCGUCUAUGGAUAAGGCGAUUUACGGCGUCACAGGAGCGAAGAAAAGGCCUAUGGAGACAGCACUUCUGCAGCUGGAGACGAGUGACCUUGGGUGCGGUGCCGGCGGAGGCUGGAGCAACGUCGAUGUGUUCCGAAGGGCUGGACUCACCUUCCUGACCAACGCCAAUGCCGACGAUUCCAAAGAAACAGAUGAACCUUGUCAAUCUAUCAUAAGAUCCUCAAGGUCCACCAUCAACAGUGAAAUUGAAAAAAUAGUAUCCCAGUUUAGACAUCAUGAAGUUCAGAAGUGCUGUAGGAACGGCGCAGAACAGUAUCCAGUCAUGGAGACAUGCGGCGACAGAGCCAAGCGCAUCAAGUCUGGAGCCAGAUGUGUGGAGGCCUUUAGGCGCUGCUGUGAAUUUGCAAACAAGCUGCGCCUCAAUGAGACACACAAAGUUUUGAUACUGGCAAGGAAAGCCUUUGAUGCCUUGCUGGAUUUGGAACCAGAGAUCCGAAGCUAUUUUCCUGAAAGCUGGCUCUGGGAGGUUCACCCAGUUCACAGUUCCAAAGCCCUUUCUGUGACCUUGCCUGAUUCUCUCACCACCUGGGAAAUACAAGGGGUUAGCAUUUCAGACAAAGGUAUCUGUGUUGCUGAUGCACUUCAAGUGGAGGUAGUGAAAGACAUCUUCUUAAGCUUGCACAUCCCCUACUCUGUCAUCCGUGGAGAACAAAUCGAAUUGAGAGGAUCUGUUUACAAUUACAAAGGUUCUAGAACCAGGUUCUGCACAAAGGUAACCGUGGGCAGCGGCAUCUGCCUUUUCGGAGGCUCUACCAUCAAUCCGCAAGGCAUCCAAAGCACCUCCUGUGGGCGGCCCCAGGAACUUCAGGGAUCGUCUGUUGCUUUAGUAACAUUUAAGAUUCUCCCUCUGGAGAUAGGCCUCCAUACCAUCAACUUCACGCUGAUGAGCGAUCGUAACGAAAUCCUCGUGAAAACGUUAAGAGUUGUGCCUGAAGGAAUACGAAAGGAAAUUCACGAAGGUCACACUCUGGACCCACAAGGUGUUUAUGGCACAGUGAAGAGACAGCAGGAAUUUCGACUCAAGAUACCCGCAAACAUGGUCCCGAAAACAAGCCUUGAGAGGACUGUGAGUAUAAAAGGACUUCUUCUGGGUGAAGUGAUCAUGGCAGCCCUCAGCCCAGAAGGGCUGAUGUUUCUUGUCAACCUCCCCAAGGGGAGUGCAGAAACCGAGCUUAUGAAUGUUGUGCCAAUCUUUUACGCGUAUGACUACCUGGAAAGGACAGACAGCUGGGACAUACUUGGCAAGGAAACUAUCACUCCAAGAGUUAACUUGAGAAGGAAGUUGAACCAAGGAAUCGUCAGCAUCCUGUCAUUCCGGAAAAAAGACUUCUCAUACAGCAUGUGGCAGAACGGAGAGUCCAGUGCCUGGCUGACAGCUUUUGCCUUAAGGAUAUUGGGACAAGUGAGCCAGUAUGUGGCUGUCGAUCGGGAUUCUAUGUGCAAUUCUCUGACAUGGUUGAUUGACAGCUGUCAAAUGGCAGAUGGAUCUUUCAGGGAGAUUUCAAGUUAUCAGCCAGUAAAACUGCAGGGCACGCUACCUAAAGAACAGAAAGAAAAAACGUUGUAUCUCACAGCCUUCUGUCUGAUUGGAAUUGAAAAAGCAAUUCAUGUCUGCCCAUUGCAGAGAAUUGACGAUGCCAAGAAUAAAGCUAAAGAUUAUUUGCUACAAAAUUUCCAGUCGGCACAGAGCACAUUUUCUUUGGCAGUAGUGACUUACGCACUAGCUCUGUCACAGUUCAAUCAUCCUGGUGCACGGGCAGCCUAUGGUGCGCUGAAGAGGGAAGCCCUCGUGAAAGUAGGCCCACCUUUGUAUCGCUAUUGGAAAGAAUCCUCCAUCAAAUUAGAUCCAAGCAGUCCGUCGGCAAACUACGCCAGGAUGGUCGAAACCACUGCCUAUGCCUUGCUUGCCACUCUUCUGCAUGGAGACCAAACCUAUGCUAAUCCGAUCAUCAGGUGGUUGUCGGAAGAACAGAGAUACGGUGGUGGAUUUUAUUCCACGCAGGAUACAGUCAUUGCUCUUGAAGCCCUGACCGAAUAUUCCAUUCUGAUUAAACGGAUGAUGCUGUCCAUGAACGUCAAAGUGGCCUACAAGAAUCAUGGAGAUUUUCAUCAGUACAGACUGACGGAACACAAUUACGUGGGCAAGUCUGUGCAAGCUCCCUUGAAUUAUGACUUAGAGGUCCGCACGGGUAGUAACACCGGCUUAGCGAUAGUGAAUGUGAGAAGUGUGUAUUAUAAGAUCGGUACCUCUGACGACAUUUGCAGCUUUGAGCUGAAGAUUGAGGUCAAAUCGCCAUCUGAAAUGAGGAUCGAUGGAAGGGGCUCUUACUACAGGUCCUCAGAUGAAACAAAGCACUUGGUGGCCUGUGCAAAGUACAAACCGAGCAGGAGGGAACCUCAAUCUGCUUCCUCCCACGCUGUGAUGGACAUCUCUCUUGUCAGCGGAUUGGAAGCAAACACAGAAGACUUAUCUAUUCUUGCAAAUAACGUUGACCAGCUGAUUGCAAAUUAUGAGAUCAGAGACAGACAUGUGUUGCUGCAAAUUGACUCGGUUCCAGCAGAUGAAUUCCUGUGCAUUGGGUUCCAAGUGACAGAAAUAUUCCGCGUCGGAAUGCCGAGCCCAGGAACCUUCACUGUGUAUGAAUAUCACACUCCUGAUAAAGAGUGCACUAUAUUUUACAAUCCUUAUGGAGAAGACUCUCUUGUAAGACUCUGUGAAGGGGUGGAGUGCAAAUGUAUGGAAGCGGAAUGUGGGCGCAUGCAGACCAGACUAGAUCAGUCCAUACGUUUCAAUUCUCGGAAGGAAGCAGCUUGCCAAAACAAUAUUGCAUAUGUGUAUAAAGUGAACAUCCUGUCCUCCAAGGCAGAAGGAAGCUUUGUCAAAUACGCCGCCACUGUCCUGGACCUCUAUAAACGAGGGGUAGCUUUUGCUCAGAGGAACUCAGAAGUCAUCUUUAUUAAAAAGAAUUCAUGCGCUGACAUUCAGCUUAAUCCAGGAGAGGAUUACCUGAUCAUGGGGAAAGAGGCCUUGAAGAUAGGAGAUGGUGCCAAUUCCAAAUACCAGUAUCCUUUAGAUGCCAUGACUUGGAUUGAGUGGUGGCCUUCCGAUUCAUCUUGUGCUUUGUGCCAGGACUUUGUUGAAUCAAUGGAGGAAUUUGCAGAAGAUCUCUUUAUCAAUGGCUGUUAAGCUCCUGGAGAACUUCUCUGGACAAACUCAUCAAAAGUGUAUUUUCUAUGGUUCUUCUCAACCUUCUAUCUUUGGGGCAGAAAAUGCUUGUGAAUUCUAGCUUUUUGUGUAUAUGUUAGCUUGAUAUAAGAUGGAGAAAGACCUUGGAACAAAUGAGUUGAAACUGAGAAAAUCAAGAAAGGAAGAAUGGAGAGUAAAGGUGUUGCAUGAACCCUGUGUAGUACUGGGGUGUGUUGGAAACACGUAAUAUUUGCCAUUGACCAACAGGGAGUUUAUAGGGCUGAUUACCCUAAAUCAAGAACCCAUCUAUAUUCAAAUCUUGCCAUUCUGCACUCAAAUAAAAGAUCUCACCUUUCA